AUGUUGCCUCAGCUAGAGGCCGACUUCGGCAAAGAUUCUUGCUUCGACUAUACAGCGGAUUGCCCUUUGCUUUCGUCGAGUUUCCUGUCUUCGGAUCAGUCUUCGGCGGGCUUUCAUGGCCCGCGUACGACAUCGCGGGCAUCGUCCAACAGCUCAAUGUCGCCAGAGAUGUUCUUCACCCCGUCAGCAAGGACUUCAAGUCCCACGACACCGAUGAUGUUUGAUCCGGGCCUGCAGCUCUCUUACAAACAGUAUAUGAAGCCAACGACUUACCUCCAUCUGUCUCACCCCAUUUUCCAUCUGCAAGAUGAGGAGCAAGACCUUCGAAAUGAUAUGUGGAUGAGCAACCUGGCUUCCGGGUACGGCGUUCCUCUCCUAACCGAGAUACCGGAGGAAUUGAUGCCAAUGCCCCAUAAUUCCUUCAGUCUUGCAGAAAGCUAUGGUCUCAAUGAGGCAGCCACAAAUCCGGCAUUGACGGACUCGAUCUUUAGCUCUCCGGAACCUGGGCCAAUGCACGCGGCGAACAAUAACUUGCUGCCAUGGAAUUCAACGGACCUGCAGCCGCCAUCGAAGACUGUCGAGCCCAGGGCCACCUUUCAGCCGGUCCUACCGAGCUCUCCAGCGUGCAAGCAUGAACCAUCCACUCCGCUCAAUGCUCGCAUAGCUUCGUCAGCAAGCAUUAUGACUAGCAGUCCCUGUUCAUUCCUCUCGCCCAUGAUGUUACCAUCACAACGUGAUGUCGAGGAACCACGGUACUGCUCAUUGGAACAAUCAUUGAGACUUUGCGAGACAAGAAAAGAUAGAACCAUUCCUGACCGGCUGCAUCGGCGGACUUACGAACGCAAACGUCUGUCAGGAACGUCGUCGAAGCCCAAGUCAGCAGCCAACAAGUCCGGCAUCGACUGCGAUCUUGUCAUCACACAGAACGAAUUUGCCUGCACCUAUCCUGGCUGUAUCGACAGAACCACCGGGAAGCCGAAGCGUUUCAAACGUCAAGAGCAUAAGAAGCGACAUGAGAAGACGGUCCAUGAGAAGGACAUGCAUUGCGCAUAUAGAUGUUGGGUCCCCGAGUGUAACAGGCCGUUUUCUAGGACUGAUAACCUCAAAAGUCAUUUGAGAAAUACUCACUCCAAGCGACCAGGAGUCCGUGGGAAUCGAUACGUUGCCACUCUGGACAAAACCAGCGAAUACUAUGAUCCCGAGUGGGUGGGUGAAUUGGACAAGGACGGUUACCCGGUCCUAUGA